AACUCCACCCGCACUCCUUCCAACAUGGCGCCCCAACACCGCCCUCCCUGUGGGCGGGGCGCAGUCCUCCUUCCCGCCCGGCCCGGCCCGGUUGUGGGUGCCCGGGCCGCCUCUGGCCGCGCAUGCGCAGUGGAGCGCGGGACAGCGAGGAGUUGGUGCGGAGCGGAGGCCGCGGGCGGUGCUGCGCUGCGGGGCUGGGAGAAGCAUCAGGAUGAAAACAUGGACAAUAUCAAAACUGUGAAGGAAGAAUGGAUGUGUAAGUCAAGAACUGAUGACCAGAUUUUGAAUGGUACAGAACAAAACCAUGACUAUUUUGUCAAUGACCUUUUUGAAGAAGCUCAGAAGAUCGGUGCCAUAUGCGUGUCUCCAACUACAGUCAAGAACCAGGUUGAUGUGAUCAUUAAACUUUGGAAAAAUGGGUUUACAGUAAAUGAUGGUGAACUUAGAAGCUACACUGAUGUUGGAAACCAGCAGUUCUUGGACUCCAUUAAAAAAGGGGAGCUGCCUUUUGAGCUACAGAAAGUAUUUGAGAAGGAAGAGGUAGAUGUGAAGGUGGAAGACAGAAAAGAGGAGUUGUAUCUGUCAUCAAAAAAGCCAAUAUUUCAUCCCUUUUCUGGUCAUGGUUACAGAUUAGGAAGGCUGAACAAGCCCACCUUCUCCAUCCUCUCCUCCCAAGGCAGGUGCUCCAGCCCAAGCACAUCUUUGUGGCUCUCCAUGAAACCCCUCCAGUUUAUCAAUAUUUUUCUUUUAUUGGUCUUUUAUCGGGGGCCAAAUCUGAGUUCAGUAUUUAGGUGUGUCUAAUGAAUGUUGUGUAGGGGAUCGUCAGCUCCUACAAGGCUGGGGUCCUGCUAACACAGCCAGGAGUUUAAUGACUUUUUUUCUCAAAAUUUCCAUGUGAACAGUACUUUUUCAAAGAACUGUUCCCAGUUUCUUCUAUUCUGUGAUUUAAUAAAAAAGCUUUGCUGUUAAAAGUUAACGUACAGUACUUUCUAUGAAAAAAGGGAAAUUUAAGUGUUGGAGCUGAAAAAGACUAUUUUGUAUUCUGCUGAAGUUCUUCAGCAUUUAACUAUGUGUUCAUUGCAGUUUGACUUCCCACUCAUUCUUUCCUUUAUUCUGUGUGGGCGGAUAGAGUCAACCAGCACAAAAACUGGACUUGGUUUAUGACCACACAGCAUUUUGGAAAUCCCUUGGGGCAAGCCAGGUAUAAAUCUCUGCAACUUUAGCUUACUUCUGCUGAGUCAUCUUUCACAUAUUUCUGUCAUGUAAGAUUUACAUGCAUGAAAAAGAAGAUUUCAGCCUUGGGAAUGAGCCACAGUGACCAGAAACCUACAGGAAACCUUCAGUGGUGAAUCUGCUUAGUGACCUGUAGGCUGUGCCGAAGCCUGAAGUGAACAGCUUGUUCUGAUGCAGUGGAAAGGGUUUGCUGUUCAGGCUCAAGCUGAGGAAAAGCAUCAGCUGGGUGAGGAAGAGCUGAGGCUGGGGGAGAAGGUGGGUAACAGAGUAGAAGGCUGAUGGGGCAAAGAGUGAGUGGUUUCAGGAUGCAUUAGAGAAAGCAAGCAUCUUUGAUCGGUUUCAUCUGUUUCAGUAGCACAGGCUGUUCAUUCAGUUGCUGUAUGCUUGGGUUGAUAGGGUCGAUAGGGAAGAACUUCCCUUGAGAGAUGGAUGAGAAAUGCCUCAGGUCUCGCUUCUGGUAGCACUGAAAUCCUGAGCAAAGGUCAAGAACUGAAUCGUAUUUCAUUUACCAGUAGGCAUGUAGAUAGCGGAAGCAGAAAGAUCUUCAGCAUGCUGGGUUUCUGCUGCUAAGCAGGGCUAAGUGGCAGGUUGUUCAGUUGCUUGUCGUGCUCUGUCAUGCCUACAGCAAGUAAUGAUCUGGCUUCCCAGUAGGCGCGUUAGGUUCUGGAAGCAUGCUAUUCUGUGACUUUCGCUUGAGUGGUUUUGCACACUGAGACAUCCCACAACUUGCUCAGCAAUUUUGUUCUGUACGAACAGGAUAGAAUGCGCCCUCCUGCUGUUGCUAGUCUAUUCAGUGCUAUGGUAUCAGAAUGUUUUCUUUCAAGGCUACUAAAUAUUUUUUGCUGGUGGUGGAAACACGAGCCGUGAGUGUUUUGUAAACUGGUCCUCGCUUCCUGAUGUUAAUAAAUGUCCGUGGCAUCCAAAUGCUACUCUUGGAACAGAAGAGCUUUUUGGGGAAAUAAUAAUACUGUCUGAGAUGGAUAUGCUGUGGUUUAACCCAGCAGUCAGCUUGGAACCACAUGGUCUUUUGUUCACCACCCCUCCCUCUCAGCGAGUUGGGAAAAGAAUCGGGAAGAAAAAAAAGUUUUUAUCUCAACCUGUAAUUUCUUCUAUUUGCUAAUACAGAAAAGGAAGAAAGAAAUGGUAUCAGUGGUAAUCACAAAUGUGUACAUUUACAGAACAAGUGAUGCACAAUGCAGUUGCUCACCACCCACCAGCUUAUGUGCAGCCAGUCCCUGAGAAGCAGUAGCCCUCCCUCCCCCCAGCCAACUUCUUACAGUUUUAUUGUUUUUUAAAUAAUGCCAUCUGAUAUAAAAGAUCUCUUUGGCCCUUUGAUCUCUUGGAUCAGCUGUCCUGGUUCUGUCCCUUACCAGCUCCCUGUGUCCCCUCAUUCACCUCCCUUUGGCAGGACAGUAGGAGAAGCUGAAAUGUCCUUGGCCCUGCAUAACCACUGAUGAGCAACAAAUGAAACAUUGGUGUGUUAUCUACAUUGUUUUUCUCCUAAAGCCAAAACAUAGCAUCAUAGCAGAUGCUAUGAAGAAAAUUAACUCUGUCUCAGCUGAAACAAGGACAACAUAAGGUUGAAGUUGUAGAACUCCCUUUACACAGUUGCGUUCAUGUGCUUAAUUAAAAGAGAGAGACAAGUGACUGAAUGGUUUACUUAGCUUAUGACCUGCUUAUCAGUUAAACUUCAUCAUAAUAUCUGUAGAUUUUUCUGCUGAUGCUCACGGGGUGAAUGAAUUACAUGAGAGGCUGCAUUCUGGAGUCUCAGUAGAAGCUGGUCUGUUGACCACCUCAUUAAAACUUGUUUGGAAGAAAAACAGAGGAACUAGAACUGUUUUCAUUUGUUCUUUAUUUUUAAUGCAACCCAAAUGAGUUUGAUCCUCUUCAUUUAUGUUGGACAGGAGAAACAAAGACAGGCUUUUCCAAUAUAUCUUAGGUACCUGCAUAACUAAUGGAUAUAUUCACGUUUAUUUACCCUUACUCAGGUUCAUUUAAUAGCUUGACUCUUAACAAGAUUUGCAGCUGAAAAUCUCUGUUAAGUUUAACAAGGUAUUUUAAAGACAGCCUUAGGAAGGACCUUAGCUGUACUGUUAACUGAAAUCACUUGUAGCAAAAUGGAUUUGCUGUAUAACAUUCUUAGGGUAAAACGGUGUGCAUCAAGAUUCUUCCCAUUAGUCUGGGUAAGCACAAUACUUAAAGAGAAAAAGCCCAGUACUUGAAAAAUUGUCUGGAGACUUCUGUAUCUCUUCAAUCUUUGUAAGAUUAUCAAGGGAAGAUGUAAAAGGAAUGAGCUGUUAAAAGAAAUGAUGGUGGUUUGAUGUCAGACUAAUAGGAGACUUACGUUUUUGGUUUGUGGCUUCGGUCAGAGAUCCCACCACUAGAUGGCUUUAUCUGUCAGUUCUACAGGAGCAAAUUUAAGUGUAGAAAUGCUUUGGAAAUUGAUGAGUAGAGUUCUUCUAACUUUCUCCUGCAGCUUAGUUUAAUGUGUUGCCUUCAGUUCUGCGUAGGCUUGCUAUUAAAGAAUCAUCUCCAAUGCUACUACAGAGUCCUGAGAUGUGGAAAGAGGAAAGAGGUGGUUUGAGAACAGCAUCAAAGUUUGUGUAUAUGUGAGAUAGAUGGUUGUGUGAACAACAGCUGCAGCUGAUGGGACUAAAAUGUGUCUGGUUUAGCUUGGGCAGAGCUGCACAGUUAAUUAGCUCUCCAGCAUCCACGGUACUGGAGACAGCUGGCUCACGUGUGGCUGCUUACACGUCAGUAAGCUCUGAGCUAGACUGCACUAUCAAGCAGCCAGAGAAAGCUGAUCACUACUGGACUUAAGUAUGAUUUACACUUUAUUUUUGUUUUUACUUCCAUUUGCCAAGAUUGUUUAACUUUAUCUUGCUGGUGCUUAAGGGUUUUUUUUCCAAAUCUGGACUGCAGCUGGGGUUUAUUGUGUUUUGAGAUCGAGCGUGGCGAGAAGCUGAGUGUAAGAUAAGUACAUCAAUAGGGGCACAUGGGUGAUAGUAAGUCACCUGUACUUGGACUACAACCAGAAUGUUUUACAGGUGCACAUCUUGAAAUCUAUUACUUCCUAUUUCUUGCAUCCCAGAUGGUUUCUGCUUAUUGCCUUCAUUUGUAGUGAGCAUCUCUUAUCACUUGAGGAUGAGAUUGCUUAAUUCUUUUUUUAUUUUUUUGGUCAAGUUUCAGUGGAAGAAGUCAAAAGUGCCUCUACUGGCUGAUAGUCUGGGAGUUAGAACACUUACCUGGACAUGAGUGGUAAAGAAUUCUUGAAAUGCUUCAGAUUGAGAAAACUAUUAGCUUGAAUGUGUCAAAUCAGUAGAUAUCUUUGUUUUUAAUGAAAAAUGAGCUGUUGCUUUUCUGCUUUAUGAUUAAACUAACACAAUACAAGAACAUAAGGAUGCUGUUUGUCUGCAAAGCUGAUGCAGUGUUGUUAAGAACUGUUGUUCUUUUGUUUAGUGAGUUCUCCCUCAAGAAACAAUAGGUUGGGUUGUUGCUUUUUUUUUGUGCAGAGUGAGCUUUGUCUGAAACCAGUGUGAAGCACUCAUGUAGUCAGUAACCACUACAGAGCUCAGAAGAAAUGGUAACUCCUUAAAUCACUGCUAUUGUUUUGCAAGCAAACAUCUGCUCAUAUUUACGUGUGCUGAGGAUGUGCCCAUUGGAUCAGGCCUUAGUGAUGACUUAAACAGAACAUACUGAACAAGUUUGCUUCUGAAAGCAAAAAAACCUAAGCUCUGGAUGUUUCAAAACCAGUAUUUGUGCCAGUAAUUUUUUUUCCAAAGACCAUACACUUGAACUGAAGCCUUCUGUCAAGCUAUUUUAUGGAUCUUUCUUUACCCUUAUGGUACACUGAGCUGUUGAAAGUGCUUUGCAAAUCAAAAGCUAAGUGUAUGCAUAAGCCUGGGUUUCCACACUAAAUCAAUUUCUCUAAAGAGUGUCUCUAAACUGAAAGAAAUGAUGCUGGAGUCUAAAUCAAGGCUAACAGCUUUCAGUUAAAUUGAAUUACUGUAAUCACAUUGCACUGAAAAUUAACAUUGAGUAUGCAAAUUCAAACUUAAGCCUCUUAUAGUUUCACCUGUGUGAUUAGAAUACAAAGAAUCUCUCUUGUGUGUGCUUUAAUCCUUUGACAUGUCAGUUCCCUACUGUCUUGUAAAAUGCUUACUGCAGACAAGCAGAUUCUUUAGCACAUUGAAGACUCCACGUGGAAUUACUAGUGUAGUUUUCUGUUUUUUUUUUUGUUUUUGUUGGGUUUUUUAUUUU